AUGUCGCUGUUCCGCGCAAAGGAGUGGUGGUCCGCCUCAGUGGGCGAGGCCGACGAGGUCAUCACUGCAGCAGUUGGCAACUUCGACAACGAGCCGGAGCCGGCGUUGCUCAAGUUGGCCACUGGCUCGCUGAGCGGCAAACUUCGCGUGUACAGGCCGCGGCAGCGUGGGUACUCGCUCGAGGAUCUGCUACUCGAGGCUGCACUCGAGCUGCCCGUCCUGCAGCUGGCGGCGGGGAGGCUGACCGCCGACUCUACAAAACUCACGCUCGCAGUCCUCCAUCCGCGUGCGCUAUCAGUGUAUCGCCUCGUCGGCAGCGGCGGAGGCAGCGACGACGGCCCAUCGUACCACGCGCUCGAGUGCAUCUUCUCGCACGCUCUGGAACGACCGUCGUACAACUUGCUGGUUGGAACAGCCAGCGGCAGCGGCGACUUUGCAUGCGUCCAGUCGAUGGACGGUCUAUUGACCCUCUUGGAGAAGGAGCGCGCGCAGCCACCCUGCCAGCUUAGCAAGUUCCUUCUGCCGGGGCCGCUCACCUACUGCGCCAACACGGACGCGCUCCUCACUUUCAACUCCCAGCUGGAGGUAGACUGCUACCGCCGCGCGCACUUUGCGCCUAGCCCGGCCAGCACGCACCCACGGUUGCAGGUCGACUGGUCGGUCCCAGUCGGCGAGCACGUAACCGCGCUGCUCGUGGCGCGCCUCUCUCGGGGCAUGGCAGCCUCGCAAGUCGACAUUGUCGUCGUUGCUGAGCGGCUACUGCUCUACAUCAAGGAGAAUGGCUCGAUCCGCAAUCAGAAGCGGCUCGACUACUCCGCCUGUUGCGCGGCGGCGCACAGCGUCGACGGCUCGAGCCAACAGCGGCUGGUGGUGGGCGGUCGCACGGGGGCGGUGAUGGUUUACAGUGACAUGGAGCUCCUCUGGGCAGCGCGGCUGCCCGGUCCACCCGCCACACUGGGCGUCCAUCGCUUUGGGCAGCAGCCCGGGCUGCUCCUCUCCCUCUUGUACGACGGCACAACCACCCUUUCCUACCUCGGCACGACACCCCCGCCGCCCGGGGCGGUCGGCGCAGCGGAGUCGAAGCAGCUCAACUACGAGGCGAUGGACGCAGAGCACCGCCGCCUCCUGGGCGUCAUUCGCGAGGCCUCCACCACUCGCCCCGAGCCGGCCGGCGGCAUCAGCCUGCGAGCGGAGGUGCCUCUGCGGUGCGACGAGCGCGGCUCUGGUGAGGGCGCGGAGGAGCUGCCGGCGCUCACGGUGCGGCUGAUGGCGGCACACAGCGGCGUGGCGCCAGCGGACGACGUCUCGAUGGUGGCGAGCUGUGCGCCGCCCCUAUUCCUCGCGGCGGACCAUAUCGUUCUUCCGCCGCUCAUCGCUGGCGACCCGCCAGCGGCUGUGCCACUGGUCUUUCGCGCGCGCCCCGACGAGCUGCCCGUUGACCUCUCCGCCACCGUCGUGGUGAACUACUCCGCGGGCGGUGAGUUGCGAUGCGCGAGUUGCGAGCUACGGCUACCCCUGCGCCUCGUUGCCGAUCCGGUGGAGCCGCUGAAGACCUCGGGUUUCAGGCUGACUAUUGAGACGAACCGGCCGCCGUUGCCGCUCGGGGGACUCUUCGAGGACAUGGUGGUCGACGCCGCGUCAGCUGCGGCGGAGGGCGCUGCGCUGUCCAUCGUGUACGGGUGCGGGCUCGACGCAACCGUGCUCGCCUCCAAGAAGGAGCGCGGCCGGUAUCGUGUCUGCUCGUCGCGUUUUGAGGGGCUCUGGCUGCUGACGGACGAGCUGGUCCGCCGGCUCCGCGCGCACGGCGAGGGCGAGGCGGGCGCUUCGGACGGCGGCUUCGCAGUGUGGUAUGAGGACUCGCUGCCCCUACGGGAGUACUUUGAGGCCAUCGACGACCACCUCGCCAGCCGGCGAGCGCUCGUUGACGCGAAGGCGGAGCUGGAGCAGCGGGCGCGCCAGCUGCGCGCUGUGGAGAAGCGACUGCUGGUGCGGCUCAAGGACCGGGUGCCUGCACCGAUCGCAAGCCUCGAGGCGCUGCUCGAGGGCAGUCACCACCAGCUCCUCGAGCUAGCCCACCGCGCGGAGGAGCACCAGGCGCAGCUGCGCUUCCACGCCGCGCGCGUCUCGGCGGGAACGCGAUUGCUGCUGCUGCUGCUGCGUCUCAAGUUUCGGCUUGGGGACGAGGAGGCGCGGCUCCUCGAGGCGCAUCUGUCGCCGCUGACGUCCUUCAGCGAGGAGGCGAGCGACGGCUGGGAGGAGCGUACCGCGGCGGCCCUCACUCACCUCUUGCACCACGGCCUCAAGAAGAGGGGGACGGGGGCUGAGCCGUCGGCUAGCCCCUCGCAAGGGGCGCAGGCGCCGUUGGCGAUGCCAGCCGAUGCGGCCAAAGUGAAGAAGAGCAUCACGCUCGUGUGCGACCGCCUCAACAAGGGGAGCAGGCCGGGGAAGGGAGGGGCGCAGGCCGCGGCGCCCGGGUCUUGGGAGCCGCCCGGAAAGGAGGCCGGCUGA